UUUUGAACAUCGAGUAACAAUUAACAUAUGCUAAUCAUUUUUAAUUGCAUAUAAUAAAACCCUUUGUGAGUUUUUUCACUUGUUUGAAAAUUUUUCAAAUUCAGUUAAUUAUUCUAAUUAUCAAAUCCAAGAGGAAAAACAUUCACUAUUAAUAAAAUUAAGGUCAAUUAUCAUAAAUUGUAAACAAAGUUACAAAUAAUAUUGACCAAUCAAUUAACCUAUGAAACCACGGAAGCAAUUGAAUAAACGCCAAUUAUCUUGAAUAUAAUUCGCAAAUCAAUUUAAUGAUCCUCAUCAUGAGGUCCAAUCGUAAAUACCGGAAGACAAUCAGUGGAUCAUUAACCUUAGUGAAGAUAAACAUUGAUAUUUAUGAGCAUUUUGGCAAAUAUGAUAAUCUUUGUUUGAUAUUAGUUUUAAUCUAAUAAACAUGAUACAAAGAUUUUUGUUCUUAUCAAUCGAUAAUCCAAUUGUUAAAUAACAAAGAAAAGUAUAAAAACUUUUUCUUCUUAUAUUUUCGACUACCGAUUGAUCAUUUCACUUUCUUGCCAUCAAUAGUAAAGUAACAUUCUUAUUUUUUGACACAUUUGUCCAACUAUUUUCUUUGUGAGUUUUGAAUUUCGCUUAAUUGUUGAAAAAGACAAAAACAUCUAACAUGGAAGACGAUAAUUGUUCAAUUGCUUCGUAUGUUGAUAGUGACGAGGAUACAAAUGUUUCGCAAGUUCAACGUCCAGAAUACUUUUAUCAAAUUUUCGCGAUCCGAAGUAAAUCUAAUGUUGAUGUUGAUGUGAAAGCGAUCAAUGGACUCGCUGAGAUGUACCAUCUUAAAAGCCACUAUGAUGUUAACAAAUUUAUCAAUUGGGAUUAUGAUCAAGGUGAAAUUGAUCAUCUCGGUGUUUCUGUUGACCCUAAUGGUGCAAAAGCAAUUUGGGAUAACAUCAAUAAGCUUCAAGAAACUAUUAUCACAAGUGAAAGUGCGCGUGACGGUGCUUCGAGUUCAACAAGUUCUUUUGUCGUGUUAGACCUUGAAAAAGAAGGUCAUUUCAUAAGCGAUCGUCAACAAUUAUCUUUGGUUAGUGAUCAACAAUCAUCAACUUCGACUAUGAAUUUUAACAAUUUCUCAACUCAUGAAAUGGAAGACGGAAAGAAGCAAGAAGACGAGGAGCAAAUCUAUCAAGACCAAGAAGAAGAGUAUUUCUAUGAAAACUAUGAUCUUGAUAGAAGUUCAUCCAGUGAUUCAAUCAAAGAUGAACGAGAAUACGAGUUGAGAGAGCUACUUGAAGAAGAAGCCCUCAAUCGUCAUGAAACUUCAACUAGCGAAGAGUCAGGCCAAGAAGACGAUUCGGAAAAUGAAACGAGUUUGGAACAACCGAGGGAGCGAGAGGGCAGCCGGGAAAAAAGGAUUGAAGAGAUUGGGCCGAACCAAGAAGAGGAUAUCGAUUACAAAAGAUACAAGGCCUAUUUAGAGUUGAUAAAUGGAGGAAGGCCCAUGAUGAGCCCGUUUCGACCAAGGGCAAGGCCAAGAUUUGAACCAAGGCAAGUGAAACCAUUUGAAUUCGAGGAGUUUAAACAAAUCUUGGGACAAACCGAAACUCGAAUCGUUUAUGAAAGAUGGCAUAGAUCCAAACCGGAAGCGAUCGAAGAAGUAAAUCACAAAAACUCUUGGCCAUAA